AUGGCCUACAAUCUCAUGAUCAUCUACCCAAACGCCAGCGAGGCGCACUUUGACAUGGAAUACUUCCUCGGAACACACAUGCCGCGCGUGGAGACCAUCUGGCGACCGCUCGGCCUCGUGCACUGGAAAGUCAUGCAUUUCGACGCGCCGGGCCGGCAGGGCGAGGACGACGACAAAGGGGGGGCCCAGGGGCACUCGUGCAGCAGCAGCGUCGGCAGCAUCCUCACCUUUCAGAACGAGGCGUGCUACCAGAAUGCGAUGCAGUGCGCUGCCGCCAAGGACCUUUGCAGCAACACGGCCAUGUUUAGCGAUCAGCAGCCCAUCUUGAUCACGGGGGCGACUGUUGCGCUGGGACCGCUCGGGUAG